UUCGGACGGAUUUCAAACAAAAAUACACUAAGCAAAAUAAAGAGGGGAAUUUCUUUUGUUAUUUGGAAAAUAAACAAGCGCGCUUUGCUGAUUCGGAAGUCAAGAGCCUGUCAAAUUUAAAUCUUUAAAAAUGGGCUGCACCACAACCAGCGUUAAGAUUGCCUCAAUCGUACUGAAUGUCAUUUUGGCGUUCCUGGCAGUGGGUGCAAUUGGCUGGAUAGCGUUCAAUGCAGAUACGGAGAGCGAGGAAUUCGUCAUCGCCGCCUACGUGGCAUGUGCGAUAAUUUUGCUGUUCGCCUUUGUGGGCAUAUUUGCGGCAAUACGCGAAUCGGUUUGCUUGACCGCAACGAGCGCUGUGUUCUUACUGCUGCUGGCCAUACCGCAAAUCGUGAGCACCUUUAUGUUUCUGCAUCAGGCGGAGGUGCACAGCGCCCAGACCACAGUGGAGCUGGCUUGGCAGGCCAACAACAUGGACGGACUGCAGCAGAAGUACGAGUGUUGCGGCAAGAGCAGCGCCCAAGACUAUAUUCAUCUACACCAAUUGAUACCGCCCAGUUGCUAUGAGAAUCUCGAUCAACUGCCGAAGCAUAUGUAUCUCGAGGGCUGCAUCGGAAAGCUGCAGGACCGCUAUGAGAGCGACAAGCGGCGCUUCAUAAUUGUCUCCUGGGUGCUGGUAGCCUUUGAGUUGCUGUGCUUUGUUAUGGCCGUCUUCCUGGCCAUCAGUUUCCGCAACAAACAGCGGCGCUUGCAAUUUUAAUGGCCAACUAUAACCGAAUGACAAGUACAAAAACUGGGCUAAACUUUAGCCACGCCCACUGGGCUACGGGGUAAUUAAGUAUUUAACUUGUGCUUUGGAUAUUCGGGCAUAAAUAUUUACCAAAAAUAUAGUAAUAAUAAUAAAAUAUGCAUAAAAUUCAUAAGCUUAAACUUUUACUUCAACUGCUACAA